CCCGCACGUGCCCCGGACCUCGGCUGCGGAGAAGCGAAGCCGCUGUCUGGAGCUCCCUCCAACCUAAGUAUCGACCAUCGCGCUGCUGGCAGUGCAACUAGCUGUAUCAACAGUGCUAUCCUUGUCAGUACAUAUUUGAAUUACUCUCAAGUCUGUAUACGAAAUGCCCGCUCCUCUUGAUGGAAUUCGUGUGGUCGAGCUGGCUGGCCUAGCCCCCGGUCCAUUCACCGGACUAUUACUUGCCGACUAUGGAGCCUCCGUAUUGCGAAUCGACCGACCAAAAGCCAAGAGCGCCGACCAGUUGACGCGCAGGAAAACGUCCGCUACCAUUGACCUCCGAGACCCCGCCUCUCAUCGCGUGCUCCUCUCCGCUCUCAAGGACGCCGAUGUCCUGAUUGAUCCAUAUCGCCCCGGCGUCCUGGAGCGACUGGGCUUGUCGCCGUCGGAGGUGCUUCUGAAACAUAACCCUCGCUUGAUCGUGGCUCGUUUGACGGGCUUUCGUCGUGAUGGCAAAUACAAGGAUAUGGCGGGUCACGACAUCAACUAUAUUGCUGUGGCGGGGGUACUAUCUAUGAUAGGUCGGUCGGGAGAACGCCCUUACCCACCACUCAAUCUUCUCGGAGACUUUGCUGGUGGAGGUGCCACAUGCUUCUUGGGGAUCCUGUUAGCGUUGAUCUCGCGCACGCACACGGGACGCGGCCAGGUCGUCGAGGCAAACAUGGUCGACGGCUCUGCGUAUUUGGCUGCAAUGCCACGGUUGGGCAGACAAACGCCCUUCUGGGACGCGCCCCGCGGUCAGAAUACGCUGGACGGAGGAAGUCCGUUUUACGACACAUACGAAACCAAGGACAAGGGAAAAUAUUUCGCGGUGGGCGCGUUGGAGCCGCAGUUCUACGAUGCCCUGUUGAAGGGGCUCGAAUUGAACCCCGAAGAACUGCCGCCGCGGGACAACAAGGACAACUGGCCGGCGCUCCGGGCUGCCUUCGCCAAGCGGUUCAAAGAAAAGACCCGGGCUGAGUGGGAGGCCGUAUUCGAUGGUACAGAUGCCUGCGCCACACCUGUGUUGGAACAAGAUGAGCUCGAGAAGAGUGGCUAUGAGCAACGGCCCGCUGUCCAUCUGGUGGAAACUCCCGGGCUCCCGAUUCCGGCCGACGACGGGGGCUGGACGGGGGGUGGCAUGAUACCCGGCACCGGGGGCGAAGAGACGCUCAAAACAUGGCUGGGGUGGAAGAAGGGCCGCGAUUAUGAUGUCAGGCGCGAUGGAGCACUAGUAAAGCUACCGGAUGGUAAAGCUAAGCUCUGAUAGCGAGGUGGUGUUUGUUUUUUGUUGGCGCAACGGUGUCAACGCGAUACGAGGCCAUGUUCCAAAAAUGCACGUUAAGUUUGAUCAGGCCCUGGGUCGAUGAGGCUUGGAGAGUGGCGUAAGGCUGAGCAACUUGACGAACUGGCGAAUAAGCAAGUAGCCGACGACGGUCAAC